AUGACGUAUAAAACACCAAUCGGAAUGUCUCCGUAUAGGUUGGUUUUUGGUAAGAUGUGUCAUUUAUCUGUGGCAAUUGAGCAUCGUGCGUUUUGGGCAGUUAAGCAGUGCAAUUUGAACACGGAUAGAGAUGGAAAGGAAAGAAAGCUCCAACUUCAAGAGUUGGAAGAGAUCCGCUUAGAAGCUUACGACAAUGCUCGAUUGUAUAAAGAGCGCACCAAGUCAUUCCAUGAUCGACUAGUGCGCACCAAGCAUUUCUCUGUGGGGCAAAAGGUACUUCUGUUUAACUCCAGGUUGAAAUUCAUGCCGGGUAAGUUGCGGUCUCGAUGGAUGGGGCCAUAUGCUAUUGUCAACAUUUUUUCCAACAGUGUCGUUGAAAUCCGAAGUUUAGAGACUGACAAGAGUUUUAAGGUUAAUGGUCAUCGUCUCAAGCCGCUCAUCGAUAUUUCAGACAUUGGCACUAUGGAGGAGGUCCAUCUGCUCGACCACAAUUCGAAUUAA